AUUUUUAAAGUUUUCAGUUGUUUUGGAUUGUCUUUGUCUGUGCAUUCGGAUUCAGUUUCCACGUGCUUUUCCAAAACCAGAUUGCUUUUGGAAAUUUAUGGGACUCGAUUGUGAAAACAAUUGUUAUGAUGAUUGGGGAAAUCGAAUAUGAAUCGAUUUUCACUGCGGAACACUCAAGCUCUGAGUAUACCGAUCAGGUUUACUACGAAAAAGUAUCUUACUUGGUUUUUCUUACAUCUUUAAUAAUCAUGAGCAUCAUCGUAAUGAAUAUGUUGGUUGGAUUAGCCGUGGAUGAUAUUAAAGCAAUAACGAAUAAGGCAGAAAUGAAAUCAAGAGCCCAACACGCAAAGCUGGUGUUAGAGACUGAAACUAUGCUUCUUCAAAAACAUACGAAGUUAUACGAGGAAGGUAAAAAUUGUACAAUAAUACCUUCUGAACAUGAUGAUAGUAAAGAGUUUAGAAUCACAGAUGACAUAAGUAACGAGAAAUCAAAGAAAUCAAGCUUUGUUGUUUCCUAUGCACAUCGGAAAAGAAAAUUGGGAGAUGCAGCUGAUAAAAACCAAGUGCAUAAUCUGCGUUUACGAGUGUACGAUGUCAACAAACGCGCUCAAGUCAUCGAAUCUAUGAUGAAAAUGCAUAUGGAAGAAAAUAAUUAUGAUUGGAAAGAUGAUAACGAUGAUCUUGAUCUUUAA